UUUUAUUUAUAAAGCCCAACGGCCCUUCCCGUACGCGUCGUGCACACUGGUCGAAUCUGCUCGAGAUCGAGCGGUCCGCGGCCCUGCUUUCGAGCAGCGUGCAUUCCUGUUGUGCACGUACAGACACAACUGCGCCAUUCACACACAACACACGCCAAGCACACGGUUCCGCGCGGAGGCCACAGCGAGACGGCCAAGCUGGGCUGUCAAACCGAGGAGAGAGAGAGAGUUUUGGUUACGCUUCGGAUUUCGAUGCGGAACGUUUUGUGUGUCUGUGUGACUGUGUGUGUUUUUGUGUGUGCGCGCGGGCGCGCGCUAGUUCCUCCGGAAAUCGGAAUUUUCCACCGCCCCAGCGGCAAACGCCCCGGCCCCGCACCUGUGUCACCGGAACGCGGCCCGGUACUCCCACCCGCCACGAUCAAAUCCCUUUGUGCUGUGCGGCGUACGAGCCGAGAGGCACUUGCCUCCCCCCGCCUGGGACCCUGCUCCCUCGCUCGACUGUGACUGUUUUUUCUUCUCUUCGUUUGUGUGUGGCAGAAACAACAACCAAAAAGAAAAGCACCAACACACAGCAUCCAUCGCCAAGCGCGGCGCUUCCUGGUCCCCAUUCCACCGCAGCAGCAGCAGCAGCACCAGCAACAGAAGCACCAGCAGCGACCAUUGUGCAGGAGAGUGUGACAGCGGAGGGGCGGGUAGGGGGUGCUUUGUUUUGAUAGCUGAGCGCGCCCGAGCCUGGUCGAUGCGUCGUCGCUCGGUGUGCCACCGGCGGCCGCACGAUGAAUCCGACCUCGCUGUACAUCACCACGUCCCGGCUGGUGUUCCAGGGGGACAUCGUCGCGGGGCUGCAGGACCUGAACCGGCUGCUGCCGUACCUGCGCAAGAGCCUCAGCUGUGCGGUCUGCUGCAAGCUGCUGGUCGAGCCGCACAGCCCGGUGACCGGCGACUGCCAGCACCACAUCUGCCGGGUGUGCGUCGGCAAGCACAAGAAGCUGAAGCCGGCCUGCCGCUUCUGCAAGGGGCUGCUGCAGUACCGGGAAAACACGCAGCUCCGGCUGCUGCUGCAGUGCUACAAGAGCAUCUGCACGUUCAUUCGCACGCGGCCGGUGUACGCCGACAUCUGUAAGUGUGCGGGCGGGGCGGGCCAGCCGCGGGAGGGCGGCGGGCCCGGACCGAGCAGUGCUGCCUCCCCCCACAACACCGCCACCACCUCGCCCAACAGCCUGAUGGAGCUGAUCGAGGAGGGGGCCGCCUUCGUCGACGACUUCAAGUGCAAUUCCGGCCUGUCCAAGUCGGCCUACUCGAUACUGCCGUGCGUCUUUCCGCCGCCGGUCGUGACCGUCCAGCAGCAGCCCGCCGCCGCCGAACCGAAGCCACCGGUCCCCGCCGCACCGCCGCCCUGCUGCUCGAAAGGGCCGCCGGGAAAGGGCAAGAAAGAAGUGGCCGGCAAAAAGUCGGGAACGUCGCAGCAGCCCGUUGCACCACCACCACCACCGCCGCCAGCGAACGAGCAGGGAAAGCGGAAGGAGGGGCGGAAAGCGAAAGCGCGCACGACAAAGCAGCAGCAAGCGGACGGGGAGGAGCAACCGCCACGGAAGAAGCGGGCGCAGUCGAAGCAGCGGCAAAAGCCGGAACCGCCAGCCCAGCAGCGGCAGCCAUCGGAACAGCGAACCGUAAAGCAGCAGCAGCAGCAGCAGCAACAGCGGAAGCAAAAGCAGCAGCAACCGCUGCAACCGGGCGCACAAGUACAGCGGCAGCCGCCGAGACAGGGGCCGGUAGUGGUGGACAGACCAACAGGGGAGCAACAGCGAGCGGCCGUGCAACAGGUAGCGCUACAGCAAAGGCCGUCACCGGUGCAGCAGCGCAAACUACCGGUCCAGCCGCAAGCCCAGCUCGUGCACUACCACUGUUUGACCCCACGGCAGCACAUCAAACAAACCAUCCAGCAGCAGCAACAGCAGCAGCAGCAGCAGCAGGGAGCGGCAAAACAACAGCAGCCCCCGAAACAGCUCAAGCAGCAGGCGAAGCAGGGACAGCAGGCGGCGGCCCAGCUGCUGGUCGUGCCGUCCCAGCAGCCCCCGCAGCAAUUGCUGCACCAGCCGCCCGGGGCACAGAAGCAGCUGGUGCGCCUGCUGCCGAAAGCUACCACCAAACCUGCCCCGCCGAGCGCGGCACUGCUGGCGGCCCAGAAGGCGAUCAGUGCGGCCGGCCGGGUGCAGAAAACACCCGCCGGCAACGGUGCUGCAGCCGGGGGCAAGCCGCACGAAUCGUCCUCGUCUUCCUCGGUCGACCAAGCGAUCCAGCUGCAGCAGCCAAUGUUUCAGCUACAGCAAAAGCAGCGGCAUCAGCAGCAGCAGCAAGGCAAGCAGCAGCAGCAGCAGAUUGCUUUUCCCGCGUCGCUGGCGGUGCAGAAGGUGCCGGUGGUGCGCAAGCAGCUGCCGGCGGACCCGCCGGCCGAGUACUUAACGGCGGAGCAGGGCAGCAGUGCGCCCCAGGUGCUGCUCGAGCAUGCGCAGGACAGCUUCCAGAAGCAGCUGGAGCUUGCGCAGCAGCGCCAGCAGCAGAUUGCGCAGGAGCGGCAGCGACUGCAGGCGCUGCUGCCCCAUCAGCGGCUGCCACCGUCGCCAUCGGUUGCAGCCGGCAAGUUGGUCGGCCAGCAGCAGCAGCAGCAAACCCGGAUGGCAGCAUUCCCGCCCGGGGUCGGUGGUAGCGCGGCCAAACCGCUCAACACCAGCAGCAUCAUACGCAACGUGCUGCCGGCGCGGAUCGGUCCCACCAUCAUACACGCGGAAUCGCUUGCGGGCCGGACCGGCACCACCAGCGCCAGCCCGCUCGUCCCGCAGCACGUGGUGAAGAACAGCUGUGUGCCGACGACGCCGCGCAUCGUGAACAUUACCACGCCGCAGGAGAUCAAGUUCGAGGCGGCGCCCACCAUCAAAACCGUGUCGAGCGGCUCGACCAUGUACUCGGUGCUGUACGCGGAAAGUGGCAACAAGUUUACGAUCAAGCGCAAGCCGGACACGGUGUCGGCGGCGGCUACGGCGGCCAAAUCGGUGCACGGUGGUGCGCAGCAGCAGCAGCAGCAGACGACGACAACGACGAAGCUUGCCACGAUGAGUCCGCUGGGUGGUGCGGCACGCUCCACCCUCAUUCCUGCCAAGGCGGCGGCGGCGACCGAAUUCGAGCAGCCGCGCAUGGCAAUGGCACAGAAGCAGACGGCCGCGCCGAACAAUCCGAUCGUGCUACAGUUCCGGCCAUCGCAAGCCCGCACGAUACAGCUGCCACUACAGAACCAGCAGCAGCAGCAGCAGCAGCACGGGACGGUGUUGGCGAAGCAGCAAACGUCCUCCUCCCCGCUACAAGUGCAGAUGGUGCAGCAGCAGCAGCAGUAUCAGCUGCAGCAGAAUCAAACCGUCGUUUCGUUGGCGCCGCAGCAACAGCAAAACUUCCGCUCGCUCAUCAUCCAGCAGCAGCAGCAGCAGCAACAACAAACGGCGACACAACAGACACAACCGUCGGCACAAUCAUCGGGCCAGGGAUCACAGCAGCAGCAGCAGCAGCAGCAAGCACUGAAGCGAAAGGGCUGCCGGUGUGGCAAUGCUACCCCGACGCCCGGCAAGCUGACCUGCUGCGGCCAGCGCUGCCCGUGCUACGUCGACUCCAAGUCCUGCGUGGACUGCAAGUGCCGUGGCUGCCGCAAUCCGCACCGAGCGGACGGGUUAAAGAUCCGUCGAUCGCUGUCGGAGCUGCUGUUUGAGCAGUACAAUGCGCCCGCGACAACGGCGACCGCGACCGCCACCGUGGACACGCUGUCGGCCGGCACUACCGCCUCCUCCACGCUCACGCUCGGCCCGACGAUAACGCCCGUCACGUACAGCAUCAGCGCGCUCAAGGCGGCAUCGGCGGCGACCCCCGGCAGCUCGGCGACGGCCGUCGCGACCGGCACCACCAAGGUGAAGGUGAUCAGUGCGGGCCAGCACCACCAGAUACUGCAAACCACGGCCAAGGCGCCGCCCGCCCCCUCCGUCGUGAAGACUGGUGCGGGCGGCGGCCGCACCCGCACCAAUGGCGGGGGCGUCGGGGUGGUCGGCCUCCUGCCCACCAGCAAAAACCCGCCCACCGUACAACCGAGCAGCAGCAGCAGUGGAGGUGGAGGAAGCACGAUUACGAUCCGCCCGUUCGUCAGUGGGGGCGGCAGCUUCGCUAGCGGCAGUGGCACCACCACCACCACCAUCAGCUACCUGCCCACAAACGUCACGUCCGGCGGUGCCGCCCCCACCACCUCGUCCGCGUACGGGUCGCAGUAUUUGCAAAGCUCGGCGGCGACCGUGCGCCUCAGCAAGCCGGGCCCGUCCCGCACCAGCACCGUCACGUCCGGCACGCUCGGCGGCCACCCGCCGCCCGCCACCUCGUUCGGCGGGGGCGGUACGUACGCGGGUGGCAAACCGGACGCCCUGCUGAGCCAGAGCUCGGUCGCGAUGAUGCCGGUGGUCGCGAUGCCGCCCGCCGGCGGUGCCUCCUUCUCCACGCCGACCGGCGUCUGGUCGCCGUCGCUGCCGAGCAAUCUGUUCGGCGGCGGGGGCAGCGUCGCCUCCACCGGCACCAGCUCACCGGUCGGUGGCGGCGGUGGCGUUGGCGGCGGCGGCAGCGCUACCGGCAGCUCAACUGCCCCCGAGCUCUCCAGCCUGUCCGGGUACGACAUGAACAGCUUCGUCACCAUCGGCCACAUGCUCGACCCGGAGGGUGUCGGUGUGAUCGACCUGUGCGACGAUCUCGACCUGAACGCGGCCAACCUCAUCUCGAUCGACUGAUCACCACACCGGUGGAUGAUGAUGAUGAUGGUGAUGGUGGUGAGGCGCGCUCCUUCAGGCGCAAAAAGUGUUUGCUUUUGGAUGGACUUUUGUUUUUUUUUUUUUAUUUCGAACCAUUUCGAUUGUCGCUUUACACACACGUAACCACACCGGUAGGGGUGGGAAUUUUUGCAAACCCGGCUCAGGGCUGUUUUUUUUAUCUUUUUCGUACACACUACCUCCCCUCUCCCUAGGGAAAAGGGACCUUUUUUUGUAGGCUGAUAGACUCUUUCUCUUUUUCCUUCUCUCUCUUGAUUUGAUGCUUGUCCGUUUACGAUGCAUCUUGAUCGCCCCCGUUUUGUGCUUCCUAUGCUUCCUGUAAUGGUUUUGCUUGAACUGUUAAACCUUUACAAACCUAGUCCUAGUAGAAAUGUUAAACAUUUGUACUCACGCUUGAUUUUCGCGUUGCUUUUAAUGAAUGUGUGUAUUUUUAUUUUUAUUUUUUUUAUACAACCUUAUAUCUUGUAUUUGAAAUAGCAGAAACGACGCUUCUCCCCCCCCCCCUCCCCAGCAAAAAGUGCAUAGUCAGCGGGGGAAGCAACAGCGGUCCUUUUUUCGGUCCCUUUAUUUUUGAUUGAUUUUUCGUGCCCCCAGUAACUGCUUAGCCGCUAAAGAAGUAAAUUAUUGUUUUCGUUUUAUUAUACAUAAAUUAUGUUUAAAAAAAACAAGUAACUUAAAUUAGGACAAAAUUUACCAAAACACACACACACGCAUGCACACAAACGGACAUUGAUCUGAGUGUUGGUCCGGCCACUAAAUUGACUUAAGUUUGGCGUUGAAUGGAGAAGUUGUCCCUACGAGCCCCACGAACACGUGUGAUUUGGUUUGGGUAACGUUUUUUUUAUUAUUUUAUUUUAAAGCAAUGCAUGCAUAUGCUUGUGGAGAAGGAGGGGAAGGGGAUACGGGGCUUGUUCCCAUGACGGGCAUGUAGUGAAGUCUGAGUGUGUCUUAGCUGUCGCAAAUAUUCCCCCAACGCCAACCUUUUGCUACCCAAAAUGGAAAUCUCUCUUAUUGGUUCUUAUUGGAAAAAAACACAGGAGCGGGAAGGGAGGGCUAAGUGGAUACCUUCCAGAGCGAUCCUCUACCGGUGCGUGUUUCUGUACGUGUGUGUGUGUGUGUCUAUGUACGUGUGGUAUCAUCGUUGUGACAUUAGACGUUAGGAAGUACUUGAACAAUUCGUGCUUAUGCUCCUCUUGUGUUUUAUAAUUUUUUGUUUGUUUGCCAUCCAACAACCAUCCCACCCACAGGAAGCAGAAGUUAUCUUCCGUCUACCCCCCCCCCCCCCCCCCCCCCCCCUUACUUCCCGAUAGCUCUCCUAUUGUGCUGAUUUACGGCGUUUGUUCAAAGUGUUGCGAAGUAAGCGAUGGCAUCGGUUACACCCGCCUAAACCCCACUUGACUGUCUCAUAGGUAGUAGUAGGCCUGUUUUUUUUUUUUGUCAUGUGAAUGUUUAGUUUGUAGAGCGAAGGCAAUUUGUCUUUUGAAUGUUUGUGCGCGCUAACCGAGCCUAACUAACCAAUUCCAAUAUAUUGUUUUUUUUGUAUUCAAAAAAAAACACACACACACACACUCUGUCGAAUGUUGCUGUUUGCUGGAAGUCGAGCCUCGUUGCCCCUCGUAGUAGAUGUAGGUCGUGCUGUGAAGGGGAGUAUGAAACAAAAAAUGGAAAAAAAGAAACACAACACUAGCGACAAAUGCAAGCAAAGGAAUGUUUGGUAGAAUAAUUAAAAAAACAAAACAAAAAUGUUGCAAAGCGAUAAACACAAACAUAAAUUAAUCGAUUCCAAGCCCGAUGGGCCAGUAACUUGGGAUGUAAUUGUAAAUUGUAGGGAGUCUUUUUUUAACGGCUAAAGUUUGACCCGAGGACAUUACUUAAUUGAGGAUAGCGAGAGAGAGAGAGAGAGAGAGAGAGAGAGAGAGAGAGAGAGAGAGAGAGAGAGAGAGAGAGAGAGAGAGAGAGAGAGAGAGAGAGAGAGAGAGAGAGAGAGAGAGAGAGAGAGAGAGAGAGAGAGAGAGAGAGAGAGAGAGAGAGAGAGAGAGAGAGAGAGAGCGAGCGAAAGAAUGUUCUGCAAAAAACAACAACAACAACAAAAAAGGAACAAAAACCUGUGCGAAAAUUAAUUUAUAUGGUAUUAUACCCGUACGAGCGCAGUUUAGAUUAAUGCGAAUGUGUGUGAUUUGAUUUUUGGAGCAAAGCAAAGUCGCACGUUAAAGUGCGCGCAUCGCUCGUCACUAUUCCCCCCCCCCCCCCCCACACCUAUACCCGUAAUUUCAACAAAUGAAACACAGACACAUCACAAAACUGCGCCCGAACGAAUCCCGGGUACAGAGGUCCCCGCUAUUUUUGCACAAAUUGCAUUUAAAGCUUGAAGAAGAAGAAGAAAAUGAUUUAAAAUUGAACAUAAUAAUAAUUAAAAUAACAGCAACACAGCUACUACAGCAAAAACAAAAAGGGGGUCGUGAAAGAGCAUACCCAAAUGUGAUGUGAGAAGGGCAGUGUCUCGACGAGGAUGGUGCCGUGGGGUUGAAUUUAGUAAUGUGUAAUGUAUUAGAUGUAUGGGCAGCCACGCGCGCGAGGGCAGCCUUUUUCUCAUCCAAACUGCGAAAGGAAACAAAACAAAACAAAAAUUACAAGAAAAAAAAACAACCCCUCCCAAAUAGAUGUAACUAACAAACCGAAACGACAGACAUGGUAAGCAAAACAACGGUGUGAAGAAAUUUUAUUUUUGUAUCAAUGUAUAAACUUUCGCUUUUUGUACUGUUGUAAUAUGCGUAUAUAAUAAAAAUCUGUAAAAGUAA